GUUUAUUAUGGGGUUCCACUAUUUUUAACAAUAAGGGUGAACCUAUUGCAAAACCAAAAGGUGUUGUUGACCUCAAAACUUCAGUAACAAUAGAAGAUCUUACAAUUACGAAUAUUAAGUCUGGGAGUGUCAUUGUUCCCGAACAUGCAAAAAACAUCUCUGUGUAUAAUACAAGUGCUGAUGUAGUAUUUGGUAAUUGUCAUCCCAUCAAAAUAAUUGUCUCUAAUUAUAAAGGCAAAAAAAUAAACGUGCCAAAUGAUUGUCUCAAAUAUGUAUCAACAACAAAUGCACUCGACAAAAUUGACUUUGGACUCAAACUCACGAAAAGCUAUGCGUUAAUUGUUGAUAUGGCAAAAUUGACGACGUGUGUGAUCAACGAGAAUAUCCCAAAUAAAUUUGUGAUUCAACAAGGUGACAAAACAUCAAAUGAAUUUUAUGCGAAGUCUCUAACACUGAACAUUGUAGAUGGUAUGAAUGAAUGUGUUGUAGGUGGAUUUCAAUCGAUUGUAGACAUAUCAAAACUGUCAUUUUACAAGUCCAUUUUUGUCAAUAUGGACACUUCAAACCCCUCAAUAAUUAUUGGCAACCAAAAUAAUGUAAGUUUCAAUUGUGGGAUGUUUGACGAAAUUAUCACUGGGGAUGUCGAAGAAAUAAAUUUUAAUGCAGGCGUUUCAGUCAACAAACUUGUGAUGAAUAACAUCAACACAUUUAAUUUUAAACGGGUUAAUAUUAAAGAAGUUGUUGCAAACAAAAUCAAAAAGUUUGGAGGGUCUAAAAAAGCAUUAAAAAAAUUGACAAUUAAAGAAAAGUAA